AGAAUAUAAAAGUACAAUUUUUAUAUUUUUUUUAAACGUCGUGUAAAAGAUAUAAUUUAAAUAUAUUUUAGCUUAAAACAUGAAAACUAAACAAGUAAAACAGAAAAAAGUCAUUGAACCAGAUAGUGAUUCCAGUUUUGAAGAGGAAGAUGAUAAACAAGGCGAAGUCAUGUUAACAGAUUCAGACAAUGACGAUAAAGAGGUAAAUGGUGAAGUUGGUCCUGUUACCGAUAGCUCUGAUGAUGAUGAAGAAAUGGAUGAUGAAAAGCCAACAACCAGUAAAAAUGCUAGAAAAAUGUCAUCCAAAGAUAAAAUGAAUUUAGAUUUAGAAGAUGACUCUAGCGACAAUGCUGAAGUUGAUGGGGAUGAUGAUGAAGAUGACGACGAUGAUGAUGAUGAUAAAGAACCUCAAGUGAGAAUGCCUGUUAUAAAUCCCUUAAGUUUCAUGCGUAAUAAGGAACAAAGGACGGCUCUGUUUCGUAAAAUGAAAAAGGAAAAGCAUAAAAAGAAAAUGCAAGAACGUAGAGCCAGACGCAAAGCAGGUGUACCAAUCAAUCCCGGCCAUACUAUUGAAAGUUUAAGAGAAAAAGAUCAGACCACAGUCGAAAAUUUGGAUGAUUCAGAUAAUGAGGAAUUACGCAAAGAGUUGCAAUUGGAUGAUUUCAGCUCAUAUUUCGAAAGAUCCUAUGAACCCAAAGUUCUUAUAACUUUUGCCGAUAAUCCGGUGACAAAAACCCGUAAGUUUGGUUUGGAAUUGGGACGUAUAUUCCCCAAUGCUUUGGUGAAAAUUCGCAACAAGUCAUCCGUUAAGAAAAUUUGUAAAUCAGCUGUCCGCGAAGAAUACACCGAUGUUGUUAUUAUCAAUGAGGAUAGACGUAAGCCUAAUGGUUUACUGGUUAUACAUUUGCCCAACGGUCCUACUGCUCUGUUCAAAGUAUCGAAUGUAAAGUUAACAUCAGAUAUGAAGAGAGAUCACAAGGAAAUCACCAAACAUCGUCCCGAAGUUAUACUUAACAAUUUUACAACACGCCUAGGUCUGACAGUGGGUCGUAUGUUGGGUGCUCUAUUUCAUCAUGAUCCUGAGUUCAAAGGACGUCGUGCUGUUACUUUCCACAAUCAACGUGAUUACAUAUUCUUCCGUCAUCAUCGAUAUGAAUUCACCAAGGAAGGAAAACGUGUCAAAUUGCGUGAAUUAGGUCCCCGUUUCACCUUGAAGCUGCGCUCUCUUCAAGAAGGUACCUUUGACAGCAAAACUGGUGAUUAUUCCUGGAUUAUAACAAACAAGCGACAUGCUCUGGAAGCUUCCAGACGUCGCUUCCAUUUGUAGUUGUUUAUUGGAAAAUAUAAUACAAUUUCUUUUGUUUUUAAGUUUCAACAAUGUAAUUUUUAAAUACAUUAUUUUAAAAUUUUGUAAAAAGAA